AUGCAUUUGAUGUACACACUUGGUCCGGAUGGAAAGCGCCAAUACACUUUAAAAAAGGUGACAGAAAGUGGUGUUAUGACCCGCUCCGCUCAUCCUGCUCGUUUCUCGCCGGAUGACAAAUUUUCGCGGCACCGCAUCACAAUCAAGAAGCGAUUCGGUCUUUUGCCUUCGCAGCCUGCGCGUGCGGCAUAA